AUGUCAUUCAGAGCCAUCCUCAGAGCCAAGCCAGCUUUCGUAGCUCCUUCUUCCCGACCCGUCGCUUUUGGUGCCGUCAGAUUCGCAUCAGGUGGAGCCCACUCUCACGAAACCGAAUCUUACGAAUCCUUCAACAGCCGAUACCAAACUUUCUUCUCUUCCGUCGGUGACUUGUUCGAAUUACAAAGAGGUUUAAACAACUGUUUCGCCUAUGAUCUGGUCCCUUCCACUGAAGUCAUCGAUGCUGCUCUCCGAGCUUCCAGGAAGGUCAACGAUUACGCCACGGCAGUCAGGAUCUUGGAAGGUGUAAAAGAAAAGGUGGAGAACAAAGGUCAAUAUCAAGCUUAUUUGGAUGAAUUGAAACCUACCAUUGAAGAACUUGGUAUCACCACCUCCGAGCAAUUAUACGGAAAGAACUAA